GGCACCACUGGGGGCCAGCAACCCUAAGGGGUGUGGCAAAAUGUUUGGCCUGGAAUUUGUCAUUCUCACUUCGAGGCCCUGCUUUUCCAGGCUACAGUUCUGACAGCUUUCUUUGGGGCCCUAGAGGGUUCUGCCGGCCCGUUUUUGUUGGAUGAGUGAGACUCUACGGUAGUUGUAAGAUCACGCAGAGAUGGCUUGGGCCAGGCGCUGAUGAGGCAAGACCUGGAGUUAGGGGCAAAACAGGCAAUUUUGCACAUACGCUAUUCCAAAAUGGAUCAAAAGGUGACAAGAAAAUUAUGACCUCAUCACAGAAUGGAACUUUUUGACAUCACUAGUGGCAGUUCAGCAGAAGUGCUGGUGUCUUGGCUUGGAGCAGGAAUAGUGGUGUCCAUUCUCUUCUGAGGAUUAAAGCUGCUAUGGAAACAGGCAGAGAGUCUCAUUCCUCAUCGGAGUUCUCCAACUAUGGGGCUGAGUCCGUUAAUCACACAGACAAGGAGAUUCAAGCAGACAUGGAUCGCUCCAGCAAUAUGGAAGGCUCUUAUCAAGAAGGCAGCGCAGAACUCAAGGAAAUGCAAGCAGGAAUUGAGUUUGCUGUGCAGAUAUCACCAAUUAAAGAAUCAAAAAACCACAAGGAAAAGACGGAUGCAGUGAUAGAGACCCCAGGCUCUUCAUUCAACCACGAUGAUAUAAUGGAGACCUUGGACAAUAAGAACCAAGCUGUGCGGCUAGCAGUCAGUGCUACAAGAGGGACCAGUACCUUGCAGCCAGAAGCCUUCUCCAGGAUUGGCGAGGCCAGCAGUUUAGAGGGAAUGGGUCAGCUGAGCAUCAGGCAUAUCACAGCAGCCGACCUUGACUUGGAGAAGAUGAGACUGGAAGGGGCCAUGACCCGGCUGAAGUACCGACAAGAGGACAACGAAAAGCAGAGGCAGCAUGAGGAAAGAAUGGCACAGUUGCGUCUCCAGGCCAGAUCUCGAUCAAUUGGAGAAGAGCUUCGCGAAUUAUUCCAGCCUCAGAACCAGUAUGCCCUAUUUUUUUUCUGCUUCAUCUUUAUUCAUGUUAUUUACACUGCCAAGGAGCUGGCUUUCUAUUUUAUUACCAAACAUCAUCUAUUCUGCUUUGUCUUGUUGCUGUAUUUCCUUUGCAAGAAGAUCUUCUUGGAUUGCAAAGGCCAGAAAAACUAAUUGAGAAAUAGCAGCAGACUCUCGACUGUAAAGAAAAAGGGACAAAGGAAUCCCUGAUGUUUUUCCAUCUCAAUUCUGUCCUCUCUUCUUUCUUCUUUAUACUUCUUCUUUCCUAAGGUGAACAAUAAAUACAAAUGCCAGCAUGGUUAUA